AUGGCGGCACUUCUGCAACAAGUAUUAGAGAGGACUGAGGUAAACAAACUACCGAAAGCCGCUCAGAACAAACUCGAGAAGUUCUUCGCCGAUCAACAAGCAGAAAUAGACUCCCUCAAAUCGCUCCACGAACGAUAUAAAGCUGACUGCGAGCAACAGUACUUCAACGUCGAGAAGAAAUUCACAGAGGGCCAGGAGCAGUUUGUCACUCAGAGCAGAGAUUAUCAGACCCUCAAAGAGGAGAACAUUCGACUGACUGAGGAACUCAAGAAACUGAAAGACACAGAAGAAGAAAGCGGAACAUCACAGCAGGGUAAACCACCUAAGGCCAAAUAUGAGAUCGAGGCAGAAAACAGGGAGCUGUCACGCUUGCUUGAGAAGAGAACUCAAGAGGUGGAGAACCUCAGCGAGGAUCUUAAGCGUCUCAAUGACAAACUGGUGGAGACCAACACAGUGAAGAUGGAACUCCAACUCAAACUGGAUGAAAUCCAGUCUUCUGAGGUCUCCAUUCAGUAUCGUGAAAAACGCAUGGAGCAGGAGAAGGAGCUCCUGGAAAAGCAGAACACGUGGCUAAACUCGGAGCUGAAGAAUAAAACAGAUGAGCUGAUUACCAUCUCUCGUGAGAAAGGAAAGGAGAUCCUGGAGCUGAAGUGUAGCCUGGAGAACCAGAAGGAUGAGGUGACCAGGCUCCAGGACCAGGUGAACACCAUUAAGAAAACAAAUGAGAACCUGCAGAAGCAGACAGAGGAUCUCAUGAACAAGCUGAAGGAGGCCAAAGAUCAGCGGACCACAAUGGAGGAGAAGUACCGAAAUGAACUGAAUGCUAACAUCAAACUCUGUACUUUGUACAAGAGUGCGGCAGCAGACUCAGAGGCUAAGAACACAGAGUUGAAUCGGGCUGUGGAGGAGCUCAAUAGACUGCUUAAAGAGGCUGGAGAAGCAAAUAAAGGUACUGAAAAGAAGCUGGCGGAGAUGGAGGGGUUGAAGAGUAAAAUGGAACUUGAACUGAAGGAGAAAAUCAAGCAUUUGGAGAAGGAGCUGGAAAAUGCUAAUGCACGCCUGUCAGAUUCUAAGAGGAGAGGUGUUCCAGCAUUUACAGAAGAGGAGUUGAACAACCUGUCUCCAACAGCAGCUGCUGUAGCUAAGAUUGUGAAGCCUGGUAUGAAGCUAAUGGAGCUUUAUAAUGCCUUUGUUGAGGCUCAGGAUCAGCUCCAUCUGGAGAAGUUGGAGAAUAAGCGCGUUAAUAAGGUCCUGGAUGAGAUUGUGCUGGAGGUGGAGACUAAAGCACCCAUACUGAAGCGUCAGCGAGAGGAAUAUGAGAACAUGCAGAAGUCUAUGGCCAGCCUUUGCGCUAAACUGGAACAAGCCAUGAAGGAGAUCCACAAGCUUCAGAAAGAAACGGAUGAAGCUAAUAAACGUGCCUCAGUGCUUGAAAAGGACAACCAGCGAUCUGAACGGCAACUAGCAGACAUGUCCCAACAGGUACGUGUGCUGCUGGUGGAGUUGGAGGAGGCUCGUGGUAACCGGGUGGUGCGAGAAGAUGUAAGUUCAGCAGUAAGCAGUAGCUCAGAGGCACAGGGCGCGCGGCAGGUGGCCUUCCGGAGCGUGGAGGAACUCCAACAACAGAAUCAGAACCUUCUGACCCAGAUCAGAGAAUUGGAGGAGCAGAGAGAAACAGAGCAGAUCCAGGCCAAGACAGCCAGGCAGACAGAGUUGGAGCAGAAUUUGGAGAAAGCUCAGAAGGAGAUUGAGCAACUGAAAGAGCAAAGAAACCAUCAAAAACAGCUUGCUGACUCUGCCACACGUCAGAGAGACAUGUACCGCAUCCUGCUCCAGACUGCCGGAGUGAAUCUGCCUCCUCAGGGUGAGAGUCCUUACAGCAUCACCCUUCCGGCCACCCCCAGCAGAACAACCCACAUGCCCACGCGGUCCACGCCCGUGAGGGCAGCAGCUGCCGAGUCAGCCCAGGCAGCACAGUCUAAAGCUGCUCUCAAACAGCUCAAUGAUGCCUUCACAACAUAUAAGAAAGAGAAAGCAGAGAAUGACAAACUGCUGAACGAACAGAUUGAGCGACUACAAAGACAGGUGUCUGACUUGCUGUCCCAGAAAGCCAAGCUAUCCUCUCAACUGGAGUUUGCCACCAAACGGUAUGAUAUGCUCCAGGAAAAUGUGAACGGAUAUCGGCGUGAGAUUGAGUCACUGAGGCAGAAGACACAGAAGAUGGCUGUUGCCGCGCAGAAACAUGAACAGAUCAUUCACACCAUGACUCAGGACCUGAGGGAAGCCAAUGAGAAGCUUGCUGUGGCUGAGGUACGCAUUGAAAAUCUCCGAAAGGAGCGAGAUAUUCUGAAGACUGUGGAGAGCAGACUAACUCAGGAGAAGGAGUCCAUUUUGGCUGAGCAGCGUGGACAGAACCUUCUGCUUACAAACCUCAAAUCCAUCCAGCUGACAAUGGAGCGAUCAGAGACGGAGACAAGACAGCGCUACAGUAACCAAAUCCAAAAAUUAGAGUGUGAGGUCAUUCAGCUUAAGAAGAAGCUGGAACAAGAAGUGGAGCAGAGACAUGCCCUAGGACGUAACCAAGAUGCUCAGCUUUUGGAGGCUAAGAAACAGCUGGAGACCCAGAUUGCACUACAUCAGAAGACCAAAGAGCUCCUGAGGAGUGCUGAGCAGCAGGUCACCUCAUUGAGACAACAGCUUAACAACACUGAGAGCCAAACUACAACUACAACUCCUAAGCCUCCUGUCAGAACCCUGCCCAGAGGUACCUCUGAGGUGGAGGAGCUUCGCACUCGUCUACAGCAAGCAGAGGAACAGAAUGCUGACCUGAAGGAGCGUCUGAAGAACACCACCACCAAUGUGGAGCAGUAUAGAUCUAUGGUUGUCAGCCUAGAGGAGUCCCUGAACAAGGAGAAACAGCUGACAGAGGAGGCACGCACCUCCAUUGAAAACCAGCUGAAGGAGGCCCGGGAGUUCAGUAAGCAACUGGAAGGGAAGCUAGUGGCGGCUGAAAGGGAGAAGCAGGAGCUGCAGUUGGAGAAGAUCAAAGCUGUUGAGAAUGUUGAGAAGCAGGUGAAGGAACUGAAGAGGAGCGUGACGGAUAUGCAGACUGAACUGCAGGAGGCGCUACAAAAGGCUGCGGCCGCAGCGGCUCAGGAGCAGCGAGCCACACAGGACAGUCAGCUACAGGCUAAACUAGCGGCUGAGGCCCAGAAUAAGUAUGAGCGUGAACUCAUGCUGCACGCUGCUGAUGUGGAGGCUCUCCAGGCAGCGAAAAAGCAGGGCCAGCAGGCAGCACACAACAGCAAGCAGCUAGAGGAGAAAACCCAGAAGGCUGCCACUGAGCUUAGACAAGCCCGCACAUCUUGGGAACAACAGGAGAAGAGACUGAAGGAGGAGUUGUCUAAACAGCAGAAGCGUGCAGAGGACCUGCAGAAGCAGAACAGCAUGCUCCAUGACCAGAUAGAGAACAUGAGCAGCAAGAUGGCAGCUACGGUGCAGCAGCAGGCAGCCAGAGAGAGCAGUCUCAACAUUUCCCUUAAUGAGGAUGGCAAGUCCCAGGAACAAAUCCUGGAGAUCCUCAGGUUUGUCCGUCGGGAAAAGGAGAUAGCCGAGACCAGGUUCGAGGUGGCUCAGGUGGAGACUCUGCGUUAUAAGCAGCGUGUGGAGUAUCAGGAGAAAGAGCUGAAGGAGCUACAGGACAGCUUGGCUGCGGAGCGUGAGAAACUACAGGCAACAGCCAAGACCAUGGCACAGCAGGAGGAAAUGAUGAAGAAGAUGGAGAACAUGAACUCACUAACAGAGACCAACAAAAUGUUAAAGGAAGAGAAGAACAGAUUGGAGCAUGAGUUGCAGCAGAUGCAGGCUAAGAUGCGUAAACUGGAGGCAGACAUCACGCCCCUGCAGGACUCCAAAACAGAGUUGACUGAGAAGAAUGGCAUGCUGCAAGCAGAGAAGAAGCUUCUGGAAGAGGAUGUCAAACGCUGGAAAGCUCGAACACAGCAACUGGUCAGCCAGCAGAAGGACACAGACCAGGAGGAGACAAAGAAGCUGCAGUCGGAGAGAGAAGCCCAUCUCAAACGCAUCCAGCAGCUGACUGAGGAGUCUGCCAAACUGAAGAAUGAAGUGGCCAGGAUGCAAGCGUCCGUCAACAGUGCUCAAAAUCAAGUCCAGAGCCUUAAGGAGAACCUGGCAAAGAUGACCACUGAGAGGGACAAUGUCAAAAAAGAGCUGGAGGCCAAAGUGCUGGACAUCCAGGAGAAAAUCAAAACCAUCACGCAGGUCAAGAAGAUCGGUCGACGCUACAAAACACAGUAUGAGGAGCUCAAGGAGCAACACGACAAGCUGGUGGCUGAGAACGCUGCUAAGCCUGCCGUGGAUCAGGAGGCCCAGCGGGCGUCAGCGCAGGAGAUGCAGAGGCUGCAGAACUCUCUCACUCAGGCGGAGAACAAAGUUAAAGAGCUGGAGACCCAAGUGGACAACCUCCAGAAGACGGUGGGUGAACGUGACACAGAGGUGAAGACUCUGCAGGAGCAGGUAGCUCAGGUCCAACCAGAGCUGACUCGUCUCAGGACAGAGUUGCAGGAGAAGGCCAGUCUAGAGGAGCAGCUCCGUCAGCAGAUGGCCGAAAAGGAGGAGAAGACCAAGAAGGCAUUCAUGGGAGCCAAGCAGAAGAUCAACCAGAUAAACAGUGCUAAGGAGCAGCUUGCGAAGGAGAAUGAGGAGCUGAAACAGCAGCGUGAGGAGCUGGAGGUUAGGAUGAGCGCACUGAAAUCUCAGUAUGAGGGCAGGCUCUCCCGUCAGGAGAGGGAGCUCCGAGAACUCCGCGAGCAACAGGAGAGACACGGAGAGCAGCGAGAUGAAUCCCAGGACCAAGGUCCCAGCAAGCAGAGACCUACAGAAGCCAGACAGAUCACAUUGAAGACCACACCAGCCACUGACAGGGGAAGUGCAAGCUCUUCAGAGCCGCCCACUGCUAACAUAAAGCCCACACCAGUGGCAGGUGCCUCCAGUAAACCAUCCCCUAUACCAGGGAGCAAGUCCACACCCAGAGCCAGCAUUCGACCAAUGAUAACACCAGCCACCGUCACCACACCAACCCCCACUGCCACUGUCAUGCCAACCACACAGGUUGAAACACAGGAAGCUUUGCAGUCCUCUGAGGGCCCUGUGUUUGGCAGUGCAAGUGGCUCCGUGCGUUCCACCAGCCCUAAUGUACAGACCACUCAGUCACUCCUCACCCUGCAGCAGAGUCAGGCCACCGCCUUUGUCCAGCCCACCCAGCAACAGGCCAAUCAAGAGCCGCCUGCUCCUGUGAUGGAGGCGGUCCAUAGCUCCCAGAUGGAGAGGCCAUCCACUUCCACAGCAGUCUUUGGCACUGUGUCAGCUACACCGGGCUCCUCUAUACCUAAGCGUGUGCGUGAGGAGGAGCAGGAGAGCUCCACUGAGGUCACAGACACAACACAGGAGGACCCCACUGAGCCUCCCAUUCCCAAAAAACUACGCAUCUUCCACAGGACUGGCCCGGAAGAGGAAGCUGGGACUGAGGAGAGCAAUGACGCUGAGGCAGAUGCUCCAGCAGAGAGACAGGAGGGCCACGAUGGCAGUGAGGAUGGCUACCCAGUCUUGGCUGAAGGUCAGGAGGAGAAUCUAAAUCAGUCGGUCCCUAUGGAUCAGGGCAUGGAGCCGUCUGAGUCCCAGCCGAGCGGACAAGAGUCAUCUGAAGAGCGCAGGCACGACGUCAUCGUCAUAGACACAGACAGCGAGAGUCACGAGGAGGAAGAGGAGGAGGAAGAGGCCGGACAGUAUGGAGAAGGGGAGGAAGAUGAUGAUGACGAUGAUGAUGAGGGUGAUGGAGGGAUGGCGGAAGAGGGGGAGGAGAGUAACGAGGGUAGUGGAAGUGGAGAAGUCAAUCAGCAGUAUGAGGGCGAUGACACUGAGGGAGCCGACGCCACAGAGCCAGGCACUGAGAAUGAGGAGAGCCAGGGAGCUUCUGACUCCAUCCAGAGACAGGCUGAUUCUCAGAGCAGUGGCGAGGCCAGUGGAAGCACUGUGGAGUCUUAUCCAGCAGCUGAACCAGUCAGAGAGAUGCACGUAGCAGCCAGUACCACCACAACCACCCUGGGCCACCGCCCACCCCAGUCACCACGGCGACCACCCCACACGCUGCCCCCAGUGCUCUAUCUCCAGCCCCAGGCUUCUGAACUGGGAGCUCUACCUGUCCAGAGGCAGUCUAUCCGUGGCCCUUCCAUGGGCAGAGGACCUCAGCUCACUCCAGGCAUUGGAAACAUGCCGCAGUACUUUGAAGACGAUGACCGAAUGGUGCCCAGUACGCCAACUCUGAAUGUGCCACCUCGCACAGAUGGAUUUGCUGAAGCCAUUCAUUCUCCACAGGUGGCGGCAUUUUCACGGUUCCGGUUUGGUCCGCCAGAAGACAUGAUUCCCCAGGCCAGCUCCUCACACUCUGACCUGGGCCAGCUGGCUUCUCAAGGAGGUCUGGGCAUGUAUGAGAGUCCUCUCUUCUUGGCUGCCCAUGAUGAGGAGUCUGGAGGCAGGAGUGUCCCUACAACACCCCUGCAGGUGGCAGCCCCAGUGACUGUCUUCACCGAGAGCCAUCCUUCAGAUGUGUCAGAGACGGCCUCCCAGUCGGUUCCCAUGGUGACCACAUCCACGGCGAGCGUGACUGUUCCAGGAGAGGCAGUCCCUGGAGAUGAAGCAGAUGAAGUAUUUAUAGGGGAGGCAGAAAGUGAAGGGACCAGUGCCGAGGUGUCUCUGGAUAGCCAGUUUGAGCUGGAGCCAGCUCAACCCUCAGAUGACGCAAGCUUGCCCUCCACCAGCCAGGAGCCCACCUCCAGUUCUGCAGACACUAGCAGCAGUAGUCAGCAGCCGAAGACUGGCACCAAAUCUGGAUUUCGCAUCAUCAGGAAAGGUCAAGGACCCUUCGGCAGAGGUGCCCAGCACUGAUCACGUGAUUCGCAGUACCACAGCGUCCGCUCAGCAGAAACACUGUUCCCUGCCAAUCUUAAUAUCUAGAAAAAUUCCAAUCAGCCUU